AUUAUAUUGCGCAGUUCUGCUCACAAGUCAUUCGCAGUUUUUCAGAGAUGUGUCGUAUUGGGGCAGAGAAGUAGGGCGUUGUAGAAGCUCCCUCAUCCAUUCGCAGAGAAAGACGUAGACGAUCUGGUUUUCUUUUGAGUGCGGAAAAACGACCAACAGAAGUUUUAGGCUUCAUUUGAUUCAUAGAAACGUGGGAUAGCCCACAAUAAAAGCCUGUGAAAAAAAGAACUCAGAAAACUCCGAUGUGAUAGAUCUCGAUUUGAAAAGGAAACAUCGGCUUUCGAGGGACCAUGGCCAAAUUAUUUCGAACAGCUAUCAUGGGUCCUCCAGGAUCUGGAAAAGGAACUAUAUCAAAAAGGAUUGCUCAAAAUUUUGGGCUCCAAUACCUAUCUAGUGGGCACUUUCUGCGCGAGGGAAUAGCAGCUAACACAGAUGCCGGUGUGCUAGUGAAGGGCUAUGUUGAGAGAAGCAUGCUGGUGCCUGAUCAUCUCAUGUCCAGGCUGAUGCUCCCCAGACUGGAGCAGUUGACGGGUCACAGCUGGCUGCUCGACGGGUUCCCCAGGACCAUCGCCCAGGCCAAGGCUUUGAAUGACAUCUGCCAGAUGGACCUGGUCAUCAGCCUCAACAUCCCCUUUGAGACGCUACGGGAGAGGGUGAGCGACCGAUGGAUCCAUCCAGCCAGCGGCAGGGUAUACAACAUGGGCUUCAACCCUCCUCAAGUCCAGGGCAGGGAUGACGUCACUGGGGAGCCUCUGAUCCAGCAUGCGGACGACCGGCCUGAGGCCCUGCAGGCUCGUCUCAGGCACUACAAGGAUGUGGCCAAGCCUGUCAUGAACUUAUAUAAGUCCCAAGGCAUCCUGUACCAGUUCUCGGGUACAGACACAGACCGCAUCUGGCCCUACAUCAGCUCUCUUCUCAGCACUAAGAUCCCCACCCAGCCCCUGGACACCUGCCAGCCUUCCGCUCAAGCCUGACGAAAAAGUGACGAGGAAGGAAGGGUUACAAAAAAUCCUGGGGUUGGUGCUAGAGGGCAGAUAGUUAAGUUUUGCUUUUGCUUUAUACUUUUGUUUUCUAAAAUGCAGUAUCUGAGUUCUCUUCAAUCCAGUUCUUACAACAAGGCAGGGGCCAUGUGUAAGCAUUGCAGGCACCUACUGCGUUUUAUGUCGUAAUUUGAUGCAAGUCAUUUUUGUGUAAAAGGGAAAAGGGAAGCCUCUUGCUAAUCCACAGACAUGAUGAUGGCUUCUGAUGAUCAAGUAAAGGGAUCAAAAUAAUAGAUGACCUCUGUUAUCCAACGUGUGUUUCAACCGCAUGUAUUUUACACCAAAAUGGAAAAACACGCGAGUUGAAAUCCUAAUUGAACAAACCAAGAUUUAUUUAUAAUUUUCUUUCUCAAAAAGCAUGUCAUUUAUAAAUAAUGCUCCUUGUGCACAAAUAUUGAGUUUUCUUCAGUUGAAUUGAAUCAGAAAACUGAUUUACAUUACUUUUGAUCAUGACCAAAGAGAGGCAUUACCAAAACUGUUUAAUUGUUUAUAUAUUAUAGGAUUUAUCUUUCAAUAUGAGUAAAAUUACUAUUUCAUUAUAGUUAGAUAAAUAGAAUAAAGUAAGUAUCAUACUGAAUACAAACUGGAUGUUAAAUACAGAAUAUAGACAAUAGCAUAACAAUAUAGUAUAGUGCUUUCACUCUUUUGUUUUACCAAGUUAACUUCAACAUUGCUGAGAAUAACAAUUCAUCAUGGUGUCAUAGAAUUACUGAUUUUCUGUAACGUAUCUUGACCCAAAUACGUUUUUAAAGGACUUUAAGUCUUAAAAGGAAAUGGCAGUUCUUGGAUCAGCAUGUGAUCAGCACAUGUACAUUUCAGUGAUGGAAUAUUUCCAAAUAUUUUGCAUUAGUCAUUGCAGGUUUGCUUCAGUGAUUUCUUAACGUACACGUAUGUGUAUUUUAAAGUCUGCACAAUGGUAUUAGUUGCUAAUUUGGAUUAUGAGGUUCUGAAACUUCUGUAUCGCAGCUGUUUGCGAACGUCUCCUGUGUGGGCUGUUUGAAUAUGAAUUCCAUUAAUUUCAAUACAUCUGUCAAAUAAUACUAAUAUUGGUUACUACUACAGAUGAGAAAUUGUUCCAUCAUAUUUUGAAAAAUAUGUGUGUUGCAAUAUAGCAUUGCUACAAUCAUAUGUUGACAGUUAUCCAAACAAAUUAUUGGCUUGAUUUCCCAGACACAAAAUAGGCUAUGUUAUAUAAUCUGUCCUUUUUUCAAAGUCUUUCUGCACACUAAUCCUUUCUAUAAUUUCUAUAUAUAUUUUUAGAAACAUUGAUAUAUAUGUAAUCAUAAAAUGGUUCGGAAUAAUGUUGCACUAUUUAGUGACAUUCAAGAUUGAUGUCUUUUUUUUACGCACUUUGAAAUUGAACGGUUGCAUUUCAUCUUAAUGCUUAAAAUGAAUGAUAUGUCUAUUAAAGUGUUGCCUUUUUAUGGAUACAGGGUAAGGACUUUACUUUUCAGUGCUUACAACAGUCAGAGCCGUUGAUUGAUCUCCCGAGUGACUUGUAUAAAGCCGAUCAACAAAAUUGUUUAAUACUUUUGUCUUUCGCCUAGCUCUAUCUCUAUCUAAACAUUUCCAAUAAAAGCAAGUGUAUGCUGAC